UAAUACUACACUACCCACACCCCCCCGCGUCGAGCCAUGUUGUAGGAAAUCCGCUUGCGGCGGAUUAUUGUAAUCCGACAGAGGGUCUGGACGACACACCGGAUCACGACAAAAAAAACCCAAAGCCCAGCGGCCUGUAACAGAUGCAGCUCGUCCGAGAAUAAAGGGAUAAAGUUGGGCUAUGAUCAGCCGCCCUGCUCGGUGCUCCCGCAGCCUGUGAUCGGCGGUGCCCGGGCCGUUUCCUGGACCCAUCCGUCUGACACACUCUGACAGCGUCUUGGCAUCGUUGCACCGCGGAGCAGAGGGAAGAGGAAAAGCUUUAAUUCGUCGGUUAAAGAGAUCCCCCCCCUUCUCCCUUCCCCCGUCAGGUUUAGGUCCAGCCCGGCUCGGCUCAGCUCGGCUCGGUUGUCCUGUCUGCGGACUGAAGCGCUGCUGCCACUCACACUCAACUGGCUAGCGCGGCUAGCUCACUCCAGCUAGCUAGCUAGCUAGUCAGGAAUUCAUCAAGUUUAGUUCGGAAUCGAAUAAAUAUUUCUGCCCGCAGCCCACCAGGAGGGAGGAUGUCGGCGAAAGAGCAAAAUAAACUCUCCACCAUUGAGCGACCCAUCAAAGCGGUGCCAUAUCCUCCCGGUACACGCCUGACGGUCAAAGACCUGUAUGUGGACGGGAGGCCCAGCGUGGAGCUGCUGAAGGCCCAUCUGGUGAAGGAGGGCCGGCUGGAGGAGGAGGCGGCUCUACGAAUCAUCAACGAGGGAGCCAGCAUCCUACGCCAGGAGAAAUGCAUGCUGGAAGUGGAAGCCCCCAUCACAGUGUGUGGAGACGUCCACGGCCAGUUCUUUGACCUGAUGAAGCUUUUCGAGGUGGGCGGGUCCCCGAGCAGCACCCGCUACUUGUUCCUCGGGGACUAUGUGGACCGAGGGUACUUCAGCAUCGAGUGUGUACUGUACCUCUGGGCUCUGAAGAUCAACCAUCCCAACACCCUCUUCCUCCUCAGAGGCAACCACGAGUGCCGGCAUCUCACAGAGUACUUCACCUUCAAACAGGAGUGUAAAAUAAAGUACUCUGAACGUGUAUACGACGCCUGUAUGGAAGCAUUUGACUGCCUGCCUCUGGCUGCCCUCCUCAACCAGCAGUUCCUGUGCGUCCACGGAGGUCUGAGCCCUGAAGUCACCUGCCUGGAUGACAUACGAAAGCUGGACCGGUUUAAGGAGCCUCCUGCGUUCGGGCCGAUGUGUGACCUGCUGUGGUCGGACCCGGGGGAGGACUACGGUUCAGAGAAGACCCAGGAACACUUCUGCCACAACAGUGUCAGAGGCUGCUCGUAUUUCUACAGUUACCCAGCAGUAUGUGACUUCUUGAUGAACAAUAACCUGUUGUCUGUAAUACGAGCACACGAAGCCCAGGAUGCAGGGUAUCGAAUGUACAGGAAAAGUCAGACGACAGGCUUCCCUUCUUUAAUUACAAUCUUCUCGGCUCCUAACUACCUGGAUGUGUACAAUAACAAAGCGGCGGUGCUGAAAUAUGAGAAUAAUGUGAUGAACAUUCGGCAGUUUAACUGCUCCCCUCACCCCUACUGGCUGCCCAACUUUAUGGACGUCUUCACCUGGUCUCUGCCCUUCGUUGGAGAGAAAGUGACAGAGAUGCUGGUGAACGUGUUGAACAUCUGCUCUGAUGACGAGCUGAUGUCAGAAGGGGACGACACAUGUGAGGGCGGAGCUCCAGCUGUCAGAAAGGAGGUGAUCAGAAAUAAGAUCCGGGCGAUUGGGAAGAUGGCCCGUGUCUUCUCUGUGCUCAGAGAGGAGAAUGAGAGUGUGUUACAGCUGAAGGGGCUGACCCCGACAGGAACGCUGCCUCUGGGAGUUUUGUCCGGAGGUCGGCGAACUCUGCAAAGCGCCACCGUAGAGGCAGAAGAGGCACGAGCCAUUCAAGGCUUCAACCCGCAGCACAAGAUCCAGAGCUUCGAGGAGGCCCGAGGUCUGGACCGGAUCAACGAGAGGAUGCCCCCCCGCCGCGACAGCAAGCAGCAAGAGGCCGCCCCCUCCCUCAACAACCUGCCGGCCAGCACCGGACCUCCGGACAAGAACGGCACCAACGCGCAGGCCUAGAUCCUCCCCCUUUAUCUCCCCUCCUCUUCCUCCCCUCUCCUUCCUUCCUCCUUCCCUCUUUUCUCCUUUAAGAGCAGGAGAAGAGGCAGUUCGGUCCGAGCAACUCUCACCACGCUUAAUUUAUUUUAUCAUCUAUUAAAUAUCAUAGCUUAAGACUGAACAAGACAAAAUCUCAACCGUACAUGGACUUUGCUAAAGGCAAUCACUGCCCCGUCGAAUCGAAGCAAAUCCAUUUUCUAAUCGGGAGGCUGGUAUUCAGGACGACACCGUUUUUAUUUUGUGUUGAGGGAGGAAGUGACGCUCAUUCAGAUGCUGUGCUCGUGCCCAGACACACACAGACGCGCACACACACACACACACACACACACACACACACACACACACACACACACACUCACGCAACAGAAACAACAGAAUCAGAUCACAUUAAUCCAUCCUUUCUUAUGCCAAUGAUAGUGUGACUGAGCUCCAAAGAGCAAGUAUUGACAUUUAUAUUAUAUAUGUAUAUUUUAAUUGUUCCCUCUUUUCAAUGUGAUGUUUUUUUUUUUUUUUUUUUUAUUUUUGUUUUGUUUUUUUACAACUCAUAGAUUUAGGCUUAAUUAUCCAGAGCGGGGGAGAAGGGGUGCGGGGGGGAGGGAAGCGUGAAGGAAAGAGAAGAGAGAGAGGAAGAGUUAAAGGGUUUCUUACAAGUGAGUGUGGAAGUUCUUGGUGAGGUGGGAAGUGGUAGAAAUCUUCACUCAAGGUCCACUUACUAGCUUUUUCGUGCAUGAUUACGAUGCUGAGUUGUCUCUAUGGAAACUGAGCAGACUCCCUCUGCCAAGGGAAGACUGCAAGACGUGGUUGAAAGCUCCAGAAAAAGCUAGUCACUGGACGUUGAGUUGGGUUUUUUGUUUUGUUAAACCACUUGGAUCUUGUUUUGUUUCAUCCUUCAUUGCACUCACCACAGAAAUAGCUGAGACGUGACUCAAUCUAAGUCCCGUGGGUGAAGAAACGCGAGCAGUCAGACAAGUUGAAGACAAACCUUUAGAAGAGAAAAGGAAGGUGAGCAGUAAAGUGAUCGCCCUGGUAUCUGACCAUGGGGGGGGGCUUGUCCUCUCACCUCCCACCCCACUGUGACUGUAAAUGGUUUUUCUCGACUUUCUCCAGCUUGUAAAAACGUGAACGUACGAUGUUUAGCGGAGUAGUUACUAGAUGACGGUUUAAACGGUCUCCUCACUGCUCGUCCUCCCUUAAAAAACCAACAGACGCCAUCAUAAUUAGUCAUUUCACGCUGAAGUGUAGCCAUUUUUACAUUGAAAGCUAAUGAAACGCCCACCUCAGGUGAAGCGAAUCAGAACGAAUUGCGUGUUCGUCCCGGAAGUCGCAGUCUUUUCCUGUGUCAUGGGCCUCGGUCAUUGGCAGCGUUUCAUGCCUGCUCGCCGUCAGUCCGAGCUCCAAACAGAGUGGUUUCGAUCAGUGGGCUCGAACCUCUUCUGCUCGUGAGCCCUGGAUGCAAAGUAAUGUCUCUGCAUGCAACCCCUCGUCAGACAUUCGCCCUUCUCAGAAAGUGAACAGUGUUUUAAAGGAAAUAAAGAAGGAUUAGAAAAAGUUUCGAAAAUAAACAUCACUUUGUGCAGCAGAAUUGAGUUUUUUGUCAUUUCCUGCCCCAGUCACCGUCUGACCGACCAGGCGUUCUCGAACCUGCGGCGUUUGAUCCGGCCGAAUCCGACUCUGGUGUGACCGGUUUGUGAAGACCUGACCGCAGCGGGCGCACUCGGUCUGGACUCUUCAGAGGAGGUGGUCUCGGUUCGCUCGCGAACGAAUUCCGGAGCGUUCGGCGUCGACGCGACCGGACGUCAAUCUGACCCGGCUACGAGGCUUCCUCUGCAAGUAUGAGCGAAAUGGCCUCAGUAGCCAGGUGCCCUCGGCAUGCUGGGAAGCGGACACGUGAAAUCGCCUGUUGCGUUCUCACGUGGCUUUUUACCGAAGCAUUCAGUUGGUUUGAAUUUUUUUUUCUGCGUGAAAACAAGUUUACAAACUCGUCCACCGACUCAGACCAGCACAGAAAAAGUUUUCAAACAUCAGUCUCGCAAACAAGACGUGGAGGUGAAAUCUGCGUGAACUGCGUGUUUUCGCUGUUCCCAGAUCUCAGAUAUUACCCUGGUGAGUACAGUGUUGCUGUUGCCGAGAGGAAUGAUGACCAGACCUACCAAACAAGACUGAGGUUUCGCUAAACCAGAACGAUCCUUUAAGAAGGUGUAAAGAGAAGCCGGGGAAAAGGCGUGUUUCCACGGUGACGACGAGGAUGCGGGGGGUUCGAUUUAAUUAUCUGUUUCUCUGUGUUUUGGGGGAGGUGGGUGGGUGGAGUAUGUUGGGCCUCAUUUCUGACUUCUGCUUGGGUCUCGGAACAUAUCUCACAGAAUGUACAGAAACGCUUUAAAAAAUAAGAUUAAAUCUGGUUGUUUUUCUUUACGGCUAAAUUUGGAAAAAACAAACAAAACCAAAACAAACCGAGAACUUUUUUUUUGUCGAGUACAUGUAUUGCGAGGCCUCUCAUUUAUGUAGAUGUUUCACUCCAUUCAAAUAAAAAAGAGAAAAGUAA